UAGAGUGAAUAGGAACAAUUUUUAAAUUAAAAACCUGCAGUGCCCUUAAAAUAAACCAUAGAAUACCCCAAAAUAUAAUUUUUAUCGAGUACAUUAAAUUGUUGAUGGAAUAAAUAUUUUUACAUACUCCAAAAACUUUAAUUUUAUUUAAGUACCUUUUUUCUAUUCACCAUGAAGAAUGUAAAAUUUAGUAGUAUUGUGCUGCAGUAAAUUAGUCAAUAUUUUCUUUAAAGGGACACUUAGAUUGGGUUUAUAGAAAAAUGGGUAUAUGAGUCCUUAAAUAAAAAUCAUAAAAUAAAAAUUUAUACAUGUUUAAUAUGAUCAAAUGCGAAUGUGCCAUUUUACACAUGUGAUGGACCCAUUAACAAUAUAAAUUUAACAGAUUGUUUUCAAUUGCUAGAUCCAGAAACUUCUCUCAUACUAGUUAUUUGGACAUUCAAGGAAUAUUUGUGAUUUAUACUACUCGAUAAGUAAUUUUAUAAGCCUUUAUUUGGUACACAGUUAUUGCCAAGAUUCGUCUCGGAACUUUGUUAAAAAUACAAAAAAGAAUAUACACAUUUUAGAUCUACUUAUGCAUUAGAUUGGUCAACCGAUUAUUUAUUGUUUACGGCUACUGAAAUCAUCCACCAAUUUCGCUACCAGUUAGUACCUGAAAAUGUUAUAACUGUAAUUAAAAACCAGAAGAUGGGUUCAUUUGACGUACACAAAGUGAAUUUUUUUUCACCGGAACUUCUGUCUGUAAAGUGCAUGUCCAUUGAAAGUGACACUAACAAAUUGGCUAUUGGAAGAUCAAACGCAUCAAUUGAAGUAUGGGAUGUAUCUUAUAAACCUCAUAUUGAUAGAAUACUUAUGUGUGAUAGCAGCAUAGAUGGGCUAGAAUGGCAUAAGGGAAGAUUGUUCAGUUGUAGCGCUAAUGGUACAGUUACUGAGCAUGAUCUUCAAAGUCUUUCUCCUAUGUAUUACAAGACUGUGACUUCUGGGUCAUGUUGGUGUAUAGCAAUUCAUAAAAAUAGUGAACGUCUAGCUGCAGGGACGCAAGAUGGAUAUAUAAACAUAUUUGAAAUAACCCCUGAUGGAUUAACUUAUGAUAGACUAAUGGACAAACAAGAAGGUCGUAUUAGUUGUAUUUCAUGGGAUAUUACUGGUGAAUGGCUUGUUACUGGAUCAGUAAAUGCAUUACGAAUCUAUAGUCGUCGAAAUGGUCAUGCAGUCCAUAAAUUACCAACGGGACAAUCAGAAACUGUUGUCUCCUCAUUAGUUGUUGCUAAUGAUUUUACAAUAAUAAGUGCAGAUUCACGUGGGAAGUUAUGUUUCUGGGAUGGAUAUAAAGGAAUAAAUAUUGCAAAUCAUCAAGCUUUAAAAACAAAUGCUUUAACAUUGUGCUUAGACGAAUCACAAGCAAAAGUUUAUUGUAGUGGUGUUGAUCCCACUAUUGUAUGUUAUGAAAAAAUUACUAUGAAGUCAGAUAGUAAUAUAGAUUGUGGCAAAUGGGUUAGAAGUGUGAAUCUUUCCGCACACAGAGUUGAAGUGAAAUCGUUGAUUCAUUUUAAAGGCAAACUAUAUUCUGGGGGUAUUGAUGGAUACUUAGCUGUUAGUAGUUACCCACCAAAAUUGUUAGUGAAAUAUCCUCCAUUAAUGCCUUCUUCUGUAUCGUUAGCAACUGAUGCUCGUUAUGUAAUGCUGAAGUAUCUAAGUCACUUAGAUAUAUGGCACUUAGGUGAUAAACAUAAAUAUGAAAAUAAAUUAUCAAAAUUAGUAACUAUUAAGUAUUCAAAAAAUGAUUUCAUAAGAUGUGCAACUAUUUCACCAGAUGGUACUUGGAUUGUAUAUUCAACAGAAGAAAAAUUAAAAAUAUUCAGUUUAAUAAUGGAUAUUGUAACUAGUGAACCAAUGAUUAAAAAAACAGAUAUUCAACCAGUUGAGUGUGAUGUUUCUACACAACUAGCUUUUUCGUCAGAUAGCAAAUACUUAUGGUUUGCUACUAAACAUGAAAAUACUUUAGUAUGUUUAGAAAUGUCUCAUAAAUUUGACUUAUUAACUAAAUAUUGCAUUGAUACUAGUCCAUAUAUUAAAGAUCUAGUUCAUUUACUUGAAGUCUCUAAAUCAAAUAAAUAUAUUGUAAUUGGAGAUAGACUAAAUAAUAUUAUAGUAUUUAGCGAAGGAUUACAUUAUUGUACACUUCCUAAGUAUCAUUGUCCUCCAACCAGUCUAAAAAUACAUCCUACCACUGAAAAUCUUGUAAUAGCCUAUGCAGAUCGUAAUGUUUUUGAAUACAAUAUAAACAAAAAGGAAUAUACUCAAUUUUCAGAAAAUUUAUUAUUAACUCCUCCAAGUGACUUAUUAAACAGGCCAUUUCCCAUUAAUUUUAUAGCAUUUGAUGAGUCUAGAAGUGAUGCUGUUAUACUUUCUGAUGACAAUACUAUUUGUGUUGUCACAAAUGAUAAUAAGUCAACUCCAGAUAAGUCAACAAGUAAAAUAAAGAAAAGAGAAUCAGAAAAUAAAAAAAUCUCUGUAAAAAUACUACAGAAUUAUGAGCAUUUGGUGUUUUUUGACUUUUUAAACAAUGAAGAACUUGUAGCAAUUGAAGUUAAUCCAUGUACUCUUGUAGAAAAGUUACCAUUUGUUUACAAAAAAAAAAUAUUUGGAAUGUCAUGAAAAGAAAUAGUUUUUGACAAAUCACAAAAAAACUAUUGUGUUUUUUUUUAUUAAAUAUAUUGUGUAUCCUGUAUAA